UGAGAAGACUUUAGACGCCAGGCUCACAGACAUGGUUUUAAAUGAGGGGGGAAAACCUCCCUCCCUCUGCCCCAACGGCCUGCUGGACAGUGACAAUGAGGGAGAGGAAGAGGAGGAGGAAGAAGAAGAAGAGGAGGAGGAGGAAAUGAGUAUUUCAGAUAAAGAAGGGCCUGUUCUGCCUGAGGAUCUUCACUAUGUGUUUGAUAAGAUGAUUUUCACCGGUGGAAAGCCUCCAACUGUCGUGUGCAGCAUCUGCAAGCGGGACGGCCACCUGAAGGACGAGUGUCCUGAAGACUUCAAGAAGAUCGAGCUGAAGCCCCUGCCUCCGAUGAACGAGCGCUUCAGAGAGAUCCUCGAUGGGCUCUGCAGAUUGUGCUUCUUUGAAUUGUCUCCCUCACACGCUGAGCAGCAGAAGAGGGAGAUCCUCUACAGCCUGGAGAGGUUUAUAAGGAAGGAGUACAACGAUAAAGCUCAGCUCUGCUUGUUCGGCUCCUCUAAGAACGGCUUCGGCUUCCGUGACAGCGACCUUGACAUCUGCAUGACUCUGGAGGGCCAUGACACUGCAGAGAUGCUGAACUGCAAAGAGAUCAUUGAAGGACUUGCGAAAGUGCUUAAAAGGCAUACAGGUUUGAGGAACAUCUUGCCUAUCACAACAGCUAAAGUGCCUAUUGUGAAGUUUGAACACAGACAGAGUGGUUUGGAGGGAGAUAUUAGCCUUUAUAACACGCUGGCUCAACACAACACCAGGAUGCUGGCUGCAUAUGCAGCCCUUGAUCUACGCGUGCAAUUCCUCGGAUACACGAUGAAGGUCUUUGCAAAGCGCUGUGACAUCGGGGAUGCGUCCAGAGGAAGCCUCUCGUCUUACGCUUACAUCCUGAUGGUGCUUUACUUCCUGCAGCAGAGGCAGCCGCCCGUCAUUCCCGUCCUGCAGGAGAUCUUUGAUGGGAACGCUGUCCCUCAGCGCAUGGUGGAUGGCUGGAAUGCUUUUUUCUGUGAUGACCCGGAGGAUUUGCGCCGGCUUCCGCAGCCAAACACAGAGUCUGUCGGAGAGCUGUGGCUGGGACUCCUGCGCUUUUACACUGAAGAGUUUGACUUCAAAGAGCAUGUCAUCAGCAUCCGCCAAAGAAAACGCCUCACGACCUUUGAGAAACAGUGGACCAGUAAAUGCAUCGCUAUCGAAGAUCCCUUUGAUUUGAACCACAAUCUCGGUGCUGGAGUUUCUCGCAAAAUGACUAAUUUCAUCAUGAAGGCCUUUAUCAACGGGAGGAAGUUGUUUGGGACUCCAUUCUUGCCUAUCCCUGGCACUGAAGUGGACUACUUCUUUGACUCGAAGGUGUUGACGGACGGCGAGUUGGCGCCCAACGACAGGUGCUGCAGGAUCUGCGGGAAGAUCGGCCACUACAUGAAGGACUGUCCUAAGAGACGCAGGAUGAAAAAGAAGGAAAAUGAAAAAGACGAAGACGUAAAAGAUGAGGAGCGUGAGCCAAAGGACAGACGUUGUUUCCAGUGCGGGGACAUGGGUCACGUACGGAGGGACUGUCCUGAGUACCGCCACCUCAAACAGAGGACCGGCGGAGCGCCAGCGCCUCACAUGGUACGAAGUGUGGUGAGCUCCCAGUCCAUCCCCAUCCCGAAGACGGCUGCAGACUGUCCCGGGAGGACCAGACAGCCCUCUGAAUGUUCUGAUAGUCGUCAGACCCCGCCCUACUCCCCUCAGCCCACUGCUGUCCCUCAGAGUUCCUCCCCGCAGCCCUCCCACAUGAAGAGCAGUCCUGCUGGUCCCCAGAAGCAGCCCGGAGGCCCCCCUCUCUCUGUUCCCCCUCUCUCUCUGUUCGGCUUUCCCCCCUCCCACCCAGGCCAGUUCCACCCGGCGGCGCUCACCGCCCUGGGGCUCCUUCCCUCGCACCAGUCCCAGGGGCAGCCUCACCACCCUGUCCACCUCUCUUCCCCCUCCUGGCCCAUACACGGUCCGGUCCUCUCCACGUCCUCUCCCAGCGGCCCCUCCCCGCCCGGCCUCAAAUUCGCCCUGCGUUCGGCAUCAGGGAACGGGAGUCCCACAGGCUCAGGGGGCAACGCCGGCCCAUUGAACCUGAACGACCCCAGCAUCAUCUUCGCCCAGCCGGCGGUGAGGCAGCUGGGCAUGGGGCCGGGCCGGGAGGGGCACUGGCACAACCAUCUGGCACAGGCAGGGGCACUCAUGGGCAACGGCACUGUGGUCAAGUCAGAGUCAGGCCACCCCGGCCAGUUUGUGGGUGUGAACCCGGGCCCUCGGAUAUGGGAGCACAAUAAAACUCCGCAGUACGCCCUGUCCCCAUCCUGGCCCUACAGGAUGCCCCAGAACUUCAUCCAGCAGGGCAACGGAGGCUUCCAGCCCGGGAAACCCUUCGGCCAAGGGUCCAUGGUGCUUCCAAAUCCAAACUUCCCAAUGGUCCCCCACGUUCGACAUCCAGUCAAUCUGAACUUCCUCCAACAAAAGAAGUAAUCUUGGGUUUCCUUUUUAAUUAGUUUUAUGGUCGGUAACAAAACAAAGACAAAUUAUGGACCCAUCCCAUGGAUUUUUCAAAAGAAAUAGAUUUUUUCUCAUUUUUGUACUGUUUUUAUUUCCUGUCUCAUUACAUUGAUUUGUGAUACAAAUGUCAAAUAUUUUAAUACCCCCAUUUUUGAGGGGGUCCAAAAAAGUCUUUUUAUUUUAUGUGUAAAGUAAGGAGGAAAAAUAUAAACCUUUAUUUUUAUUAGCUGUAUUCAUACUUUGCUUGCAAUAUGAAGGCUUUGAAUAGACGUUUGUUUUAAAAACAAUCUUAACUUGUCACCCUAAGUAUGUAGUGCCAAAAGCAGGGAUAGCAAGAAAAAAGGGAACAAAAAAUAAAGAAAAAAGCAAACAACUA